UUUUGGUUUUUAACAUUUUCAGUAGACUUUUAUUCCAUUAAAUUUUUUUUGAUUAUAGUUAAACAAGAAUCGAAAUUUGCUUUUUCAUUCUUAAUAGUAGAAGCCAGUUCAUUUAUAAAUAUUCAUCCGUCUAGUUUGCCAAUCCAAUUUUUAUCAUAAUUAUGAUUAAAUUAUAUUCUUUAAAGCAGCAUAAAAAAGACGGAGAAUCUCCGAAAUCUGGCAAUCAAAAAAAAGCAUCUGCUGCUCAUCUUAGAAUAACAAAAGAUUUGAACGAACUUACUCUACCAAAAACAUGUAUUACUGAAUUUCCUGACCCAGACGAUUUAUUAAAUUUCAAAUUAACCAUCUGCCCUGAUGAAGGAUCAUAUAAAGGAGGCAAAUUCAAUUUUAGUUUUAAAGUUGGAAUCAACUAUCCACAUGAACCACCCAAAGUAAAAUGUGAGACAACUGUUUACCAUCCAAACAUAGAUCUCGAUGGCAAUGUGUGUCUUAACAUAUUACGAGAGGACUGGAAACCAGUAUUGACCAUCAACAGUGUCAUUUAUGGAUUGCAGUAUUUGUUCUUGGAACCCAAUCCAGAAGAUCCACUGAAUAAAGAAGCUGCAGAUGUCUUACAAAAUAACAAAAGAUUGUUUGAUAUAAACGUUCAAAAAGCGAUGCGUGGUGGAUUAAUUGGCAAUACAUAUUUUGAGAAAUGCUUAAAAUAACAAUAAAAGAUUUGUCCUACUUGGAUAAUGUGGCUAAUACGUUA